GGGGGUUGUCUGGGCUUCUCAUGUUUGCCACGUUGUUGUUGUGAAGACUUUGGCGUCGCUGUCAGCAAGUUAAGAGACUAACUGCCUCCCGGUUCAGCGGCAGCUUUAGCAGCGCUACUAGCUACAAGGAGAAAGUUGAAGUGUACCAUCUGAAGCAGCACACAGAGACAGUGAGUGGGUCAUCAGGUAGUCUCCCUAUGUCAGGCCGAAACGGGUCUGCCAGUGAUGCAGACUGCCGGAUCUCUGAGGACUGCCAUGUCCCAGAUGUUGAGCUGAUGGAACUUGGGCCGCUGCUGGAGGAGGGAGGGGCGCGGCAGGCGGCGUCCAAAGGCCUCCAUUCAGAGGGAGCCGCGAUGCUGGCCGACGAGGAGGAGGAGGACGAUGAGGUGGGAGAGGUGUUGACCUUACCUCUUCAGGCUCACCAUGCAAUGGAGAAGAUGGAAGAGUUUGUACACAAGGUCUGGGAGGGCCGCUGGAGAGUCAUCCCCUUCCACGUCCUGCCAGAGUGGCUCAAGGACAACGAUUACCUCCUGCAUGGCCACCGGCCCCCGAUGCCCUCGUUCCGCGCCUGUUUUGGAAGCAUCUUCAGAAUUCACACCGAGACAGGAAACAUCUGGACCCACCUCUUAGGGUUAAUCUUGUUCCUCUGUCUGGGCACGUUAACCAUGCUGAGGCCCAACAUGUACUUUAUGGCCCCGCUGCAAGAGAAAGUUGUGUUCGGGAUGUUCUUCCUGGGAGCUGUGCUGUGCCUCAGCUUCUCCUGGCUGUUUCAUACCGUCUACUGCCACUCCGAGAAAGUCUCUCGGACGUUCUCCAAGCUUGACUACUCGGGCAUUGCCCUCCUAAUCAUGGGCUCCUUCGUGCCCUGGCUGUACUACUCCUUCUACUGUUCCCCUCAGCCUCGACUUAUCUACCUCACCAUAGUUUGUGUCCUCGGCAUCGCAGCAAUCAUAGUGGCUCAGUGGGAUCGCUUUUCCACGCCGCGACACCGCCCUACGAGAGCAGGUGUCUUCAUGGGUCUUGGACUCAGUGGCAUUGUCCCCACCAUGCACUUCACCAUCGAGGAGGGCUUCGUUAAGGCCACCACGGUGGGACAGAUGGGCUGGUUCUACCUGAUGGGUGCCAUGUACAUCACCGGCGCCGGUCUGUACGCAGCCAGAAUCCCCGAGCGCUAUUUCCCUGGCAAGUGUGACAUCUGGUUCCAUUCUCAUCAGAUUUUUCACGUUCUGGUCGUGGCCGCAGCGUUCAUCCAUUUCUACGGAGUUUCCAACCUCCAGGAGUUUCGAUACGGCCUAGAGGGAGGAUGCACAGAUGACUCUCUACUCUGAGAAGCUUGACUGUGACUUAUACUUUUUUACAGCCCAUUAAACACACACAUGCACACACACACACACACACACACACACACACACAUAUACACACAAAAUGCUGCUGGAACUCAAAUUUAGUCACUUCUCGCUACUUCUGUACUUCUGAUUUGCUAACUUCUUGUUUGGGUUUUAUUGUCUUUCUGCUUUGGCUUUUAUUGCUCCAGUAAAGUAGCAUCAACUAGCCAUAGUGCAGUGGAGGGAACAGACACUACUUCUUACUACGAUCAUAUUACAGCUAAGGAAGAAAGGGGAUUCUGACCAAACAUUUGCGUUCCUGAAACCAUAGUAUCCUCUUUUGAGUUCUGUUACAGUUACCGUUUUGCACAAAGAGUGAGAAGAGUAUUUGUCGGGCCGUAGCAGAGAGCACACACUGUAAAGCGUUCUCAUUCCCACCUCCCAGUUUCCACACAGGUCAGAGGAUGAAUGUACCGUCUGCCAUGAAUUUGAUAAAGAGAGAUCCCAGGGUCAUUCAGGUGCUCGACAACUCGUAGUAGACGCACAGAUGACGGUGCCCAUAUUAUAUAGAAACAAAUGUGUUUUGUGGACAGAAGUCACCUCCUUUUUUUUCUCCCCUCCAUCAAUCUGUGUCGUCAGUCCUCGUUCAUCUCUCAGCUAAUUUACAGCGGACUGUCAUAACACCACAAAUACCUACUCAGCAAUAAACUAUAAGUUGCACUUUGAAGAACAAUUCGAAUACCGCAAUCUAAAGUUACAUUUGAUGGAGGUGACUUUUUGAGAUCUGUUCAGGGAUUACAGAUGAAGAACAGACUAUUGGCUUGUGUAUUGAUCCGUGCUGUCCCUAUUAAAUAUAACGAUAAAAUAAAUGAAUUCAUGUUAGUACUCUGUAGGUCACAUACAGGUGUGUCUGGAAAACACAAUCAUUAUUUCAUUUGUUGGUUUGCUGGGAAUUUGUUUGCUUUUUCUUUCUUUCUUUCUUUUUUUUUCCUGAAAUCUAUAGAAGUUUCUUUACAUUUGGCACAUUACUUCAGGUCCCAAACAGAUUACUGACUGGCACAUAAAAACUGUGGGUGCUCACGGAAAAAUAUGUCGGUUUGAUCCAGGUUAGACUGAGAUGUUAAAAAUGUGGAAUAAGAACUACCCAGCCAUUAUUUAUCAAUCAGAACAUCUAGAAUUAGUUUCUGCAGUGAUAGUUCUCAACCUCCGCACAAUGUACAGAUCUGCAUUGGAGAAAAUUCUUUGAGUUUAUUUUUAUUUUAUUGUAUUUUAGUUAGAUUUUUUUUUUCCCUUUAGUGCUAGACUUAAGAUGAAAUGAGAGGUGUAAAUAUCCGAUGCACCUUAGCAAAUACUAUUAAAGAAAUUAAGUACUUUAAAUUACUGUCAGAGGUUUAAAAA